UCUGCAACUCGGAUGUUACGUGUGUGUGCCAACCAAAAUUGGAACAACUUUCUCCCAGGACCAUUUCACACCCACCUCCACUUUUCAAAUCAGCCUUUAUUUCAUUUACAGUUAUGGCGUUGGCUCGGUUGUGGUUGUGUCUGCUCAUGGCCAGCUGGACCAGCAUCACCACCAGCCAGGCGGCCAAGAUCACCAAUUUCACCAUCGGUGCCGUGCUGAACGACGAUCGACAUGACACUCUCUUCCGCGAAGCAAUUACUGAAUUGAAUAGUGAUUACACUUUACUUCCGGUCAACGCUACGUUGCACAGCGCUUCGAUGCGGCUCGACCCCAAUCCCAUCCGCACCGCUUUGAAAAUGUGCAAUUACCUGAUCGCCCAACAGGUGUACGCGGUGAUUGUUUCCCAUCCGGUCAAGGGCGACCUGUCGCCAGCCACCAUUUCCUACACGGGCGGAUUCUAUCACAUUCCCAUCGUCGGAAUCAGUUCCAGGGAGGCCGCCUUCUCCGACAAAAACAUUCACGUUUCAUUCCUGAGGACGGUGGCGCCAUACUUCCAUCAGGCGGACGUGUGGGCGGCUCUGCUGCGCCACUUUCAUUUCUGGCAGGUGAUGGUCAUCCACAGUGCGGAUGUCGACGGCUAUUCGCUGCUCAACCGACUGCAGACGCAAUUUCAGAGCAACGACGACGACGGCGACCAGCGUGAAAUCAAAAUUGAAUUGACCAAGGAAUUCGCUCCGGCGGAAUUGGAAGAUUUCACCAAGGAAUUGCAGGAGAUGAGCGAGGGACAGUCGAGAGUUUACCUGGUCUACGCCAACGCCCAAGAUGCGGCGAUUAUCUUCCGCGACGCCGCCAAAUUCAAUUUGACCGGAGCCGGACACAUUUGGCUGGUGACGGAACAAGCGCUGGAUGUCCCAGGUGUUCCCAUCGGAUCCCUAGGCCUCCAGCAGAUGCACGCCGCCAACGAAGCGGCUCACAUCCGCGACAGCUUGUAUCUGCUGUCAUCGGCCCUGAGAGAAAUGGAAGUGUCGGAACGUGACAUGACGGAGCCGCCGCAGGAUUGCAACAGCUCCGGGGCCAUUUGGGAAACGGGUCGCAUUUAUUUCGAGUACAUUAAGAAACAAGUUUUACUUAACGGACUGACGGGCAAAAUCGCAUUCGACGAUAACGGCGACCGGCUUUUCUCCGAGUACGACAUUGUCAAUGUCGACCACCCAAAUGGACGCACCAAAGUCGGCCAAUACUUUUAUUCAAAGUAUCAGAGCGUUUUGAAAUUGAGCGUCAACGACAGCGAAAUCACAUGGCCGGGCGGAUUGCGCCACAAGCCGGAAGGAUUUAUAAUUCCGACGUUCCUGAAAGUGAUGACGAUUGUGGAGCAGCCGUUCGUCUACGCCCGUCGAGUCAGCGACGCCAGCGGCGAAUCUUGUCUGGCCGCCGACGGCGAAGUGGCCUGCCCGUGGUUCAACAACACGGCCGACUCUUCCGGCACGGAUCGCUUCUACUGCUGCCGGGGCUACUGCAUCGACCUGCUCAAAGAGCUGGCCCGGAAGAACAACUUCACUUACUCGCUGGCCCUGUCGCCCGACGGCCAGUUUGGCAGUCUGUCGCCCAAAAACGGGACGGGCAAAAAGGAGUGGAACGGACUGAUUGGCGAAUUGGUCAACGACCGGGCCGACAUGAUCGUCGCACCUCUGACCAUCAAUCCGGAACGGGCCCAAGUGAUUGAAUUCAGUAAACCCUUUAAAUAUCAAGGCAUCACCAUCCUGGAGAAAAAGCAACCGAAAUCGUCGACUUUGGUGUCUUUCCUGCAACCGUUCAGAGACACUUUGUGGAUCCUGGUGAUGGUCUCGGUUCACGUUGUCGCCCUGGUCCUUUACCUCCUGGAUCGAUUUUCACCUUUCGGUCGAUUCCGGUUGGCCAAUGCGGAAAACACGGAGGAAGACGCUCUGAAUUUGUCGUCGGCCAUUUGGUUCGCCUGGGGGGUGCUGCUCAAUUCCGGAAUCGGCGAAGGAACUCCCAGGAGCUUUUCGGCCCGCGUCCUGGGCAUGGUCUGGGCCGGAUUCGCCAUGAUCAUCGUGGCUUCUUACACGGCCAAUUUGGCCGCUUUCCUCGUCCUGGAUCGACCCAAAACCAGUCUCUCCGGAAUCAACGACCCCAGGUUGAGGAAUCCGAUGGAGAAUUUCACUUACGCCACGGUGAGGGGCUCGGCUGUCGACAUGUACUUCCGCCGCCAGGUGGAAUUGUCCAACAUGUACCGGACCAUGGAAGGAAAUAAUUACCCGACGGCCGAGGAAGCCAUCGAGGCCGUCAAAGAAGGGAAAUUGAAGGCCUUCAUAUGGGACAGUUCACGACUGGAAUUCGAAGCGGCCCAGGAUUGCGAUCUGGUGACGGCCGGAGAAUUGUUUGGACGUUCCGGCUACGGCAUUGGACUUCGCAAAGGUUCUCCGUGGACGGACGUCAUUACUCUGUCCGUCCUGGACUUUCACGAAAGAGGAUUCAUGGAGGAUCUUGACGAGCGCUGGAUUAAAUUGGGGAGCGGCCAGCAGUGCGAGCACGACGAAAAGACGCCGGCCACUUUGGGACUGAAGAACAUGGCCGGCGUUUUCAUUUUGGUGGCGGCCGGAAUCGUCUGCGGAGUCGGAUUGAUUUUCAUCGAGAUCAUGUACAAACGACACCAAAUCCGUCGCCAGAGGCGCAUGGAACUGGCCAGACACGUCACCGACAAAUGGCGCACCAUGGUCGAGAAACGGAAGAAUUUGCGGAUGGCCCUGGAGACUCAACGAUCCCGUCUCAAGUCCAACGGCAAAGUCAACGACAUGGGCGGACAGAUAACCAACCGACGAGUGGGCGGAGUCGGCGGCAAUAAAUUGGCGGCAAUUUCAAAUGUGGCCAGCAGCACUAGAGCCAUAACUAGCAACGCCAGCAGCACUGCCGACGGGCCAUUAUCGACCCUGACGCCCGGCAACAUGAUGGAAAUGCAGUACUACAAUCCGUCAGCUGCGGGCGGGGCUACCGGAUUGUUGCCCGUCGGCAUUCCCAGCGGUGGAGGUGGUGGCGGCAAUCGCCGGAGUAAAUGGAGCCGAGGUUCCAGCGUCGAAGUGUCCGAUCAGCAACCGGCCGUCGUCUGCGGUCGAUCCGGUUUGUACGUCGAUUUCACCGUUUGAUGUUUUAUUGGCCGUCAUUUAUGUUUUUUUUUUAAAUGCAUUUAUCUAAUUAUAUAUUUGUAUGCAGACGAUUAGAGUUAAAUAUGAUAUGAAUUACAAUACGACAUAAUAUACAAGAUCGACAUAA